AUGACCUCCUCCCUUCGAAAUUCCCUGCACCGCAGAAACCACAAAGAGCGAUCCCAACUCGCCCAUAGGACAAAACUAGGUUUUCUUGAAAAGCAUAAAGACUAUGUCAAGCGUGCAAGGGACUACCACUCCAAGCAGGACCGCCUGAACAGGCUCAAGCAGAAGGCUGCUGAGCGAAAUAAGGAUGAAUUCUAUUUUUCUAUGAAGAGGGAGAAGACGAGGGCAGGAGUACACAUAAAAGACAGAGGAAACGCUGCAAUCCCAACCGACAUUGUCAAGGUUCUCAAGACCCAGGAUGAAAACUACGUUCGGACGAUGCGAUUGUCUAAUCUCAAGAAAAUAGACAGGCUCAAACGCCAGUUGACAGAAAUGGCCGACCUUUUCAAGUCCAGCUUGGGUGGAGAAGACCUCGAGGAGGACGAAUAUGAGGUGCUUCAGGAAGCUGGGAUUCUCCCACCCUCGGGCAAGAAACGGGGUCGGUCCAAAUCUAAGCAUCUCGUUUUUGCAGAGAGUCUUGAAGAAGCUCAAACAUUAGGCCAAAAAGCUAAAACGGCCGCGGAGCCUGAUCACAGCUCUCCGCCGCAGGAACCAGAGCCUACCCCUGAGGAUCUAGGAUGGAAGACUAGAGAUAACAAGAAGAAGCGUCGCAAAACUCGACAGACUAUCGAGGAGUUGGAGGACGUCGACGGCGAGUGGGAGGACGAGGAUGACCUUACGACGCAUGAUUCCGGUUCUCAAUCCUCGACUGAAAAACGUACCCGACUCCUAAAAGAAAUCAGCGCUCGACUAGUACGCGAUCGUCAGCUACGGUACACCCAGCGCGAGUUCGAGAUGCAGCGGUUGCUCAUGGGCAAGGGUGCCGCAAAGAAGAUUGCCGGCGUUGAAAAGUUCGGAGAGGACGACGACAGCGAGGACGAUGAAGACGCUCUCGACGCUCGUGGAGGACGACCUCUCAAGAAGAGCAAGGUUGUCGACGAAGCAACCUACAAGCCUAGGGUGUACAAAUGGAAAUUGGAGCGAAAACGGUGA